AUGGCUUCGUCCAAGAAGAGAAAGGCAGAAGCUGCAGUCGACGAAGCCGGCGAGGACGGUAUCGAUGCUGGAGGUGAAGACAAGGUUGUGAAGAAGCGGCGCGUUCGCAGGAAGCCGAGGAAGAAGACCCCGAGCUUGAUCAUGAGCCUGCCCGGAGAGCUGAGAAACAAGAUCUACGCGCUGGCGCUCGACGGUCCAGUGAGGCCCAUUGAGACCUUCAGAAAGGGCAACCGCAUCAGGGUUGGAUCCGACUGGUUUUCCCACGAGCCUCCACUAAACGUAAUCCGGCUCGGGAGACCAACCAGCAUCGUCGAGAGCACGCCGCCAAAUGCCUACGGUGAAACGUUCGAGAAUAGGUCUCGCGUGACACCUCUUUGGCGCCAACCAGGGCUGCUCCAGGCAUCCAAGCAGGUCCGUGAAGAGAGUAUGUAUGUCUACUACAGCAUCAAUACCUUUCGACUUGUGGUGGAUCCGACAAGGAUACCGCAGGCAGUGGAGUGGUUGCGAUGCUUCUAUGCCCGUUACGGAACUGAGCUGUUCGAGCGGGUCUCCUUCGCGAUGAUCGUUAGGGAUUGGCGAUCGAACAUCGAGUUCUGGUUUUCGAUUGCGAGACUCGUCUACGACGCAACGGCACGGAGUCCAAGCCAGACCGCCGAGCGUAGGCUUUGGGCUGACUUCUUCGGGGAUCUGAAGGGAAGUUCAGAGUUCGCUGUCAGCAUCCGGACCGUGGUGGCGUCGGCCGUGAAGGCGAAGUGGAGGAAGACGCCGUAUUCUUCUUUCCAGGAAGAUUAUAUCGACUGGGCCUUUGAGAAGCUGAGGACAGAGAACAACUUGGGCUCGAGAUUUUGGAGUCAGGCGAAUCAGGAAAGGCUGGUGCGGGACAUGAUUCGCGCCGCAAUGAAGAGAGCGGAUCCAGACGGUUUCGCAGAAGGGGCACACCCUUUUGAUCCAGCGCUGCUGGGUUGA